UCAAGUAUCAACUAGCGACAAUUUUGACAGGAGUCAUAUUUAAUGAUAGUCUCAACUAUAAGAUAGAAAGUAUUGGCGUUGUAGCAAUGUGGACGGAAUUGCACCCAACGUUGGUUAUUGUAUGCGUGAUUGUUUCGUUAGCGAAUGGUCAUUCAUUAUAUGCUAACAGAGACAAGAGACAGGCUGUUGACGUUUCCCCGGUGGAAUACCUUCGGCAUUACGGAUAUCUUCGGGAUGAACAUUACACUAGCCAGGUUCCUGCGGAUCCCGCGGAGUUGGCAGAAGCAUUUAAAAUAUAUCAAAACUAUCUCAAGUUGGAAAUCACUGGAUCUAUCAAUUCAGAGACACAGCACGCAAUGAAUCGUCCUCGGUGUGGCUGCAAUGAUGUCUUUUCAAUAUGGAUGAAUACAACGACCAGGGAUCGAGUUAAACGAUUUGCUCAAUAUCGACCUGUUAAUUUCAACGCAAGAAGAGGGUGGAGAACAACGAAUCUGACAUGGCAGCUGUUGGGUACUACCAGAGCCAGGAUUCCCCGUGCUGUUGUCAGGUCGGAGAUAAUCAGAGCAUUUGCACUGUGGUCUGCAGAAACACCAUUGAGAUUUAGUGAAGUCAACCAAGGCGCCGAUAUUGAUAUAGAUUUCGCCAUUGGUGCUCAUGGUGAUGGAAGCCCAUUCGAUGGCCCAAGUGGGGUACUCGCACAUGCUUUCUUCCCUGAGUUAGGCACUACUCACUUUGAUGAUCGCGAACAGUGGACCACAAACUCUACAACAGGAGCUGGCAUAGACCUUUUCAUUGUAGCUGCUCACGAGUUUGGCCAUGCUCUUGGUCUCGAUCACUCCAAUGUCCGUAAUGCUCUGAUGUUCCCUACGUAUCUAGGAUUCAUUCCCAAUUUUAAACUGAGCACCGACGACAUCCGAGGAAUCCGGAGUAUCUAUGGAGGGCCACCUUCUCGUUCCACAACGCCCCCACCAACUCGUCCUACAACCCUCAGACCUACUCGUCCACGCACUACCCGUCCAACUACAACUGUAACGACCACCCGACCAACUCGUCCACCCACUACCCGACCAACUCGACCGACAACCCGGAGACCACGAACUACAAUCAGACCUAGCCUACAUCCCGAAUGCGGCAGGACAUACAAUGCGGUAUUUGAAGACGACAACGGAGAUUUGCUGAUGUUCCGUAGUUAUUACUUAUUCCAAGUCCCAGUUUACGACCCAGACACUGACGAUUUACGUGGCAGUCGAGCAUCUAACAUGUUUCCGGGUGUGAUGUCAUUUCCGGAUGCAGUGUUCCAUGUCCCAGGAUCAACUUACGUCAUCAGAAGAACGAGGAUGCAGAAAUUUUCCCGUCCUGCAAACCGGUUACUUGGUGAGAGAGUACUUGAAGUCGAUACAUGGAGAGCGUUACGUGGAUUGGGGAGAAGAUCACGGAUAACGGCCGCUGUAGCCCUUACUCAAAAUGAUGUUCUGGUGUUUGGACGAAACCGAGGUCGAGGAGUCGUAUGGGAAUUUGAUGUUUUCUCCGGAAGAUUGGUGCAGGGUUCUAUGGCAUUGAUGAGUACGAGAUUUCCAGGAAUUCCCGAGAUUGUGGACAUGGCAUUUUCCCGUGACCCAUCAGAAAUUACUUUCAUCGUAAGAGGACUAUACUACAAUUUCGACCUGGUAACGUUUGAUGUUUUUGGACCGCUGGAAUUUGCUCCUGAUUUCAUUGGCGGAAGAUGUGUCGGCUAGGACAUUUAGAAACAAUGAAUUACACACGUAUCCCACGACCAUGCUUCAUGUUAUAACCAUAUAGAGAGAUUGAUACAUUUGUAUACAAAGUAGGAUAUGUCUAAUACAUGACAAUCAGGCCUGUUGUUGAUAGAACAGUAGUCUGUUGGGGAUUGUUUUAGAAUUUGUGUUACACAUACGGCAGUGGAGUCUGUUCUCAAAACAUACGAGACUUACCAAUAUGUCGCUAUAACGAGCUGAUAAACCUUAAAUUAUCAACCUGUCAAAAGAGGCAUCAUGUAUAUUAGGUAGCUUAUGCUUGUUACUUGUGAUUGUGAAUAAAAAUUUGGAAUUUUA